AUUACCUUUGAGGUACACUACAUUCUUGCAGUAAACAUGAGUGGCUACAUCCCAGUCGUGGAUUUCUCGGCUUACAGCCUUGACAACAAGAACGUACACGACGCCGACCUGGACGCGCUGACAGGCGAACUCAUGCAGGCGUUCACUACUGUGGGCUUCGUGUACCUGAAGAACACCGGGAUUCCAACAUCAGAGGUGAAGAACGUCUUUGACGUCUUCGAUGAAUUCUGCUUUCAACCGGAAGCCGCGAAGGAGAAAUACUCCCGUCCGGUGGACAGGACAGCCGAGCGGCAUGGCUGGGUGGCUCUGGAAAGAGAAAUGUUGUCUCUGGUGGGAAGGGACACGCCUGCCCCCGGUGACCUGAAGGAAUGCUUCAACAUACACCCACCCCUUACUGAAGGACAGACCUGGCCGGAGGAAGUCCCAGAGUUUGAGCCAGUGAUGAUGGACUUCUAUCACAAGUGCCAGGUGAUCGCCAUGCGCCUGUUGGAGCUCAUAGCCAGAGGACUGGGAGUCGAGGAUGUGGACGGUUUCUUGGGCAAGUUCAAGCACGUCGGAAAGGGUCGUAACGGCACCAACCUCCGAACCCUCCGCUACCCUCCCGUCCCGGACGUCAUCAAGCAGGACCAGGUCAGGUGUGGUGAACACCGUGACAUCGGCUGCCUGACUCUGCUGUUCCAGGACAACCAUGGCUUGGAGGUGGUGAACGCUGACGGACAGUACGUCCCAGCCUCGCCCAUCCCGGGGACUGUCGUGGUCAACAUCGCGGACACCUUACAGAGGUGGUCAGCCGACAAGCUCAAAUCGACGAGGCAUCGUGUGGUGAUGCCUGAGGGCCGGGAGGAGAGGCAGUGCGUGCGCCGCUCCAUCGCCUACUUCUUCCACUGCGACAACGACGUGGAACUGAAGUGUCUGGACGGGUCCGACAAAUACGAGCCGAUCUUGGCACGGGAUUACAUAAGCAUGCAAGUCGGGGCCACCUACCUGUCCGGGUAGAUGGGCUGCUCAUCUCAACCCCACCUGACCAUUAAGGUCUGGUUUGAUAUAGAAACUUUAUUUGCAAAAUCAUGCCCGAAGGCUAAUUACUUUAACAAUCAAGUACACUACUCAGUGCAAUA